AUGAAAUUUGCUCAGUUCAUCAAAAACAAAUAUCUCCUACAGGCUGAUAAAUGCUCUAAAUUCUUUCAUGCUUUAAUCAAGCGCAACAGACACAACCGGUUUAUUGCUGCCAUAAGGCUAGAGGAUGGGCAUAACACUUCCUCCCAAGAUGAAAUUGCCCUUGCUUUUGUGAAUCACUUUAGGAAUUUGUUUAGUGCUCAUGAGCUGACCCACAUUCCUUCCAUUUCGAUCUGCAACAGGGGUCCUAAGGUUCCCACCGAUUGCUUUGCGGCCUUACUUUGUCCUACUUCUAAGCAAGAGGUUUGGAACGUUAUUUCUGUGAUGGAUAACAAUAAAGCUCCUGGGCCAGAUGGUUUCAAUGUUUUAUUCUUCAAGAAGGCUUGGAAUAUCAUUGGUGAUGAUAUCUUUGCAGCGGUUAAUGAAUUCUUUACAACUGGAAAAAUUCUAAAGCAACUCAACCAUGCUAUUAUUGCGCUUAUUCCUAAGCAUGAUCAGACCUCCUAG